CCAGUAUUUGGUACCGGGUGUUUGUUCUUUAGUGAUUGUGAUUAUUAAUAGGACCAAGUAUAAAUAUUGUUCAAUAGUGUGUGGUUAUCUAAAUGACUCCAGUGUAAUGAUAUUAAAUUGUUGAAGGGACUAGGUUUCAAUCACGCAACAAUACUAAAUAGUAAAUCUUUUUCUCAACCUGAUUAAAAUGGACACACAAAAAUGGUAUCAAAUAGACAUAAAUGUAAUAAAACAAAUGGCCAUAACACCAAAAAUGUAUGUAUCAAAAAUAUAACACCCAGUAUUUAAUGCCGGGUAUUAUAGCCGUAGAUAACUCUCAGUAUUGAUAGAGACCCAGUAUGUAUAGUAUUUACUGGUAUGCAAUUCUUUUACUGACUUCAGGAUAAUAGGCAACUAUUACAGGACAUGGAUUGGGUUUAUACCUAUAACCUCAACUCAACCAGACACUGCCGGUAAAGUAUGAUGCAGGUUAUGCGCAAUCCCCAGCGAUGCCGGAGAACCGAUAGUCCCUCUGCUCACUGCGACUGCGCGAUCCCCAGCGAUGCCGGAGAACCGAUAGUCCCUCGCUCACUGCGACUGCCCGACCGCAAUGCACGUCUCCUCUGUACCCUCAAGAAGGUGAUGGGUAUGCCCUCUGUGUGUUCGAACUUGUUGAGGAGGAAGACUGUCGUGACGUCAUCGCUCCAUCACACCAACCUGACUCGAAGUCUGGGAUUGCUCGGGGCGAUAGCGAUCGGGAUUGGCUCUUCACUCGGCCUUGGAGCUUUUGUUAUAACAUCUUACGCGAUUCAAAACGUUGCCGGUCCCUCUUUUGUGAUAUCCGUUAUCAUAGCUGGUGUCGCAAAUCUACUAGCAGGGUUAGCAUAUGCUGAGAACAGUGCACGGCUUCCUCGUGCUGGAUCGGCCUACUUCUACACGUAUGUCGCGCUCGGUGAGCUUUGUGGCUUUGUAGUAGGCUGGCACCUGCUACUGGAGAACGUCAUUGCAGCAGCAAUAGCCGCCAAAGCGUGGAGCCAGUACGUCAACUUUAUAACAAAUGGGACGAUUUCCAGUGCUUUCCAAUUACAUCAGAUGACCAUUGCGUCGAGGGAGAACAGCAUAUUUGUUGAGACACCAGAUAUUAUUGCUUUACUGAUUGCACUGGUUGUCAGUUGUUUAUCUUUCGCUCGAGCAAAGUACACUGUAAUUGUAUCGAUGGUAUUGGUGUUGCUGAAUGGCUUGAUCAUCAUGUGUUUUGUGUGCAUUGGAUACCUGCACGUGGACCACAAUAACUGGACCGGUGGGCUGGGCUUCUUUGCACAUGGAUUUUCAGGGGUUCUUUAUGGGGCUGCAUUACUUAUGCCAGUGUUCAGCGGAAAUGAAACUAUCACCGUAGCCGUCGAAGAGACGCGAGAGCCGAGUAAAACCACUCCGACGGCCAUUAUGUACUCUAUUUGUGUGUGCUCAAUAGUGUACUUCUGUAUCGCCACAUCGGCAACUCUCGCGCUGCCUAUGUCUCCCAGCAUGCACAUCACUGACUUACCAGACAUGCUAGAUGCGCUACAUAUAUACGGCGCUAGUAGUGUCAUUGCAGUGGGGGGUUUAAUAGGCCUCAUAGCUUCUUUGUUAGGACAGAUAUGCGGCAUACCUCGACUUUUAUAUGCCAUGUCGGUGGAUAAAUUAAUGUUCGAUCGUUUUUCGCACAUCACACCAAAAGGAGGUUUAAAACCAUAUGGGGCGAUAAUUGCUGGAAUGUUCGUUUCAGUUAUAUCGGUGUUUGUCAAAUUAGAGGCACUGUUACAAAUUGUUUCCAUAGGUACGCUAAUUGCCUACACUAUGGUAUCUAUAAGUGUCAUAUGUUUUCGUUACCAGCCCGACACUGAUUGCUUGGGUCUGUACAUUGAGUAUCGUGACAUUGAUGAAGAUUCCGUGUUAAAUCACAUGAAUUUGUUCCACACUAGUCAGCUUAAUGGGUCUAGCCAAUCAUCGACAAAUUCCAGCGCACGAGAUUUCUACUAUGAACUUCAGAACCAAACAGAAAAAUGUCGCGAUUCACAAGAUAACGAGCACACACAUUCACGUCAAGGAUUACAGAGUAUUCGUGGUCUUCCAAGUAAAAUCAGCAACACUGCAAAUGGAAGCGUCACCUCGCUUUUGACAACACCUUUAUCAGACCUAUCCACGCCCUCCAGAACGUCAUGGUUAAGGACAGCGAUUGGCCUAAUAGUGUUCAUACUAAUAUCAAUAUUGCUUUGUACAUUAAUGAAGAUUAGUGAGCUCUUCAAGUCCGUUAACAGCUGGUUGAUACUGCUUAUCCUAUUCAUUGUUUUAGUCGCUCUUGUCGUCUCCAUCGCUGUUGUUGCUAGCCAAGCGCAGCAUAGAACUAAAUUGCAUUUUCGCCUUCCAUACGUCCCAUGCAUUCCAAUGAUGUCGAUUUUCAUCAAUAUCUUUCUGAUUGCGGCACUUCCGAGUGAAGCCUGGAUUCGGUUUGCUGUUUGGACUGUUUUAGGGCUUUUUAUGUAUUGCGCCUAUGGAUAUCGCAGUUCCCAGAUGAGCAGAUGCACUGACAACGCCGUGAUACUUUCUGAGAUGGCAGACUGAGGCAAUCACAAUCAUCAGGCGUCAGAUGCCAGAGCAGUGACGGCGAUUUCAUUGAUAUGCAGAUACUUUUAACACCUUCAACCGAAAUCAAUUGUUACAUGUAUUACACUGCAACAAAGCAAACUUCAAGUACAUAUUUUACUGCUGAUAAAGAUGUUCACUAUAAUUAAUCUGUUAACCAUGUUUAUAAUGCUAAUACUGUUUUAUUAUGUUGUCGAUAUCCGUGCACACUAUUAAUUUGUUGAAAUAUGCUAAUCUUAGACUAGUAUCUUUAACCAUGAUUACACAGAGUUUAAUAUAGUUUGUAAAAAAAUUAAUUAAGUAAUUUUAACUACAAAGGUCUUGUUCAAGAAACAACAUUGCAACAACAUUUGGUAUUUCGCUAAUCUGGUCUACCAUUAAAUCCUACUCUUCUUUUCAAUCACUUUCCUACCAGCCCGUAAAGCAACUAAUAGUUCCUCACAUUGGACACAAACAAACAAAGGUGGAAUCCUACAGAUUGUAAUAGGGGAGGGAUUAAACAUGAAUUGAUUUCAAUAUAGGAACCUUACAAAAUAACCAAUAAGCAUUACCUUAUUGAUUAUUAUUAUAUAUAGUCCGUCUUCGUUUCACUAAGUUGGGGCCAAUUUGAUAUAGUUGAUAUUGCAUUCUGACAUAUGUUACGACAUGAAGACUUGCCAAAACAUUCACCACUUGUCAUGCAAUUUAUAAAUUUACUCAGCACAAUGCUAUCAAUGACAGUUUCCAUUUUAAUAAUAGUAGAGUGUUUGCCAGGGACAUUUUUAGAAACAAAUUAUUUGUUACGUUUAUCACAAGAGUUUCUUGACGAAAACAUAAAAUUAAAUAAAGCCUCAAAGUCCAAACAAAAAGAUUCCCACGUCGGCCGUGAUGUUGG